AUGUUGUCAAGUAAUUCUGAUAGCUCGGCUUUGAAUCCUUUCCUUGAUGAUCUCCCAGAGGAUACACUGUCGUCAUCAUCAGAAACUACAAUCGAUUUCCUUUCAUACUCUCUAAUCUCUAGUCUCAAUUUUAUUUCAAUCUUUGUCAACAACCGUAUCAAUCAUAAUGCUUGUGAAUAUCAGGAGCCUUCAAUUAUUAUCUUAGAUUAUAGAAACACACAGAACGACCAAUCACUCUUUAUAGCCCACAAAAUUCCUUUCAUUUUCAAUGGAUUCAAAUUUGAUUUCCUUCCAGAGAGAGGAGACUUUAUUAAAGUCUUAGGUUCAUUCAAUGACCUGCUACUGUGUGGUGCUGUCAAAACAGAUUAUUCAGCAUUUUACAUUUGUAAUCGUUUCACAAAGCAAUGGAUUUCUCUGCCAUUGCUUAAGAACUGCAAGGGUGACGAUCAUUUUGGUUUGAUUUGUGAACCCUUUUACUCUAGAAGUGCCAAGCAGUCUGAAUACACUAUUAAUGCCGAAUAUCGGUAUAGGGUAGUGUGUUUUACUGAGAUUGAGAAAGGCAAUGUUAUUGUAAGGACAUAUGUUUCUGAGAUUUGUGCAUGGAAAGCAUUUCUUCUUUAUGGUGGAGACUAUCAAUUUUGUUCUAAUGUUGUUGCACACAAUGGGAAAUUGCAUUGGUUUAAUGGUCUUAAUGUGGUUGCAUAUGAUCCUUUCAAUGACGAAAAAAUUUGUUACAUUAAUGGCUCUGAGAUUCAACCCAAUGUGGAGAUGCUGAAUAGUUACUAUCUGGGAGUCUCUCAAGGCGUUUUGAAGAUGACGCAUUUGGUAUCCACCAUUUAUUUUAACGGAGAUGGAGAUGAUAUCGAAAAUUUGAGCAUAUGGGAAUUGAAGGAUUAUGAAACAGGGCAUUGGAAUUUGGAGCACAGGAUAUAUUCCUUUAACGCAAAGAGUAAUGGGUUUCGAGAUGGAACUGGAAUAUGUGAUCCAGUGACAUUAGCUUUUAACCCAACUGACAAGGAUACUGUGUACUUGAAAUUCGGUCAAGAGGUCAUGUUAUGUGAUUUGCAGGGAGAGAAACUGCAAUUGGCUGGUGAAAUUCCAAAAGGAAUUGGCUGUUUUGACGGUGAUAAGGCAUUCCCAGUAAUGCUCCCCUGGUGGCCAACGCCAGUCCAUGUCUCUGCUCAUCCUUAACUUGCAUUUGGUAUUACUGGAUUUUGAUAUUUUUGUCAUUAAGCAUAAAUCCUAUCGACUUCUAUUACGUUUCGUUCCAUUGUUGUUCUGCUGGUUUCAGUGAAAUUGUAUGUCCAGAGAUUAUUGUGCUUUUUUACAAUUUCUGUUAGCUUAUGUACUUCUUUUGAGUGAUAAAAGUGGGAAAAAAAACCUUCUUUUUUAUUCAUAAAUGGCCCGUGGGAUCCUUUUGACAUACUCUAACUUCUAAUCUUAAUCUGCCGCAAAUAGCUUAUUAUUAAUUGGUACUUUUGAUCCCAAAUUUAUUCCACUAUUUAGAGCCAACCACAGCAGUGAUUUUGAAGAUAAAAAACGUUCUACGGAACCCAAAUCUGUUAGUGUGUUAGGAUCACUUAAUGACUUGCUCGCUCUUAUGCUGAUCGAGUUCACACAGGACUGAAAUGCUCUCCCUUUUCGUGAAGGGAACCACAAUUAAUUCUUUUUCGUAACUAGAUAAUCUCUUUUAAAUAUUAUAUUACAAUAUAAAAUAAUUUGAUUAUAAAAUCUUAAUUAGCUUUUUUUUUUUAAAAGUUAUUUUUAUAUUUUUUAUUUUUAAAUAAAUUUUUAAAAUUUUAAAUUUUCAUAAUAAAUAAUUAUUUUAUUCUUUUUAAUCGUUAUAUUUGUACUUAUUUAUAUUCUCCAUCUCUCUCAAUAAAUAAAGUAUUUUCAAUUAAAUUUUAUUAUGAAAUUUAAUAAAUCUAUGUCUACCUAUAUAUAUAUGAGAGCAAUAAUUUAAUUUUUUUUCUCUAUCUUACCUAGUAUGUCAUAUAAUUUUUA